CGUGUCAAAGGCGCCAGCCCGUCCUCUACAGCCUGAUUGAAGAUGCGAGUCGGCGCCAUGAGAGCGACUGGUCCUGCCUUAAUCGACAUAGGAGCACAGGUCAGGGGUCAGGCAUGUGUGAGGAAGAGGACGGGCGUGGUCCGGGAGCGAAGGGGUUUCCGGAAAGUGACAGAUGGGACUUGUGAGGAUUAGAAGCCAAGCCUGGUGCGUUUGUGAUGCAAGGACAAAGACGACGGAGCGAAGGUGGAAGACAUCAUCGCCCGGAUUGAAGACCACUGUCCACCGCUCCCUCAGGUUCAGGUGGCGGUCCACACAGAGACAGUCGGUCUCAUCCACCAAACCCGGUGAGAUUAAAGCGGAUUACAAGCCCCUGAGGUGGCCUUGAGACUCAAUCCGCCGCGGAGGAAACGCAGGAGCAGGCGGAUCUUGUCCUGAUUAAUUGCGGCGAGCGGAGGAUAAGACUUAGACGUUUAUCUUCAUCCCUGGGAAGACACGGCGGGCACAGAUGCGAGCAUCAGGAUGGGAUAGAUUGGGCAUUCCAUCAGGCCGGAAUGUGCUGGAAGACCCGAGCGAAGCCGGGCCGCGUUCUUCCCGCUCCAACCUCUGGCCUGCACAUCUGGAUCUCUGAGUGAUUAAAUCUUCAUCUUCAUCCACGCCGCCGACCCUUGACCUUCGCUCAUUCACUGUUCUCCCUCUGCGAGCCACGCCCCCUUCUCUCCAUCGUUCCACACGUCCGCUUUUUAGUUCCCCUUUGAACUUCGCUUCACUUCUGAAACCUCCCUAAUCCCCUUUCCUCGCUCCUCUCCUUGCCCGCAUGUGGGCCAUGUCAUCAACACGUCUCUCCCCCCGUCGCUCUGAUUCGUGUUAGCACGAAGCCCACCGCCCACGCCAACCCCGCCACCGCCGCCACCCUGAUUCCUCUGAGCCUCGACCAGGACCGCCUUCCGCCAUGUUGGAGCACAUGUCCAGACGCAACCGCUCUCUGCUGUCGCUGUCGCUGACAUCGCUGGCGCUCACCCUGUCCGUGUCGGCCUUCUGCACGUCCUACUGGUGCGAGGGGACCCACAAGGUGGUCAAGCCGCUCUGCCUGUCCCCCGUCAAGAUGAAGAACUGCGGCCAGAACAACAGCCAGCCCUACACCACAGAGGCCCCCACGCCGGACCCCAAGAACCCGCCGUCCAACGUGACGCUGACGCCCAUGCAAAAGGAGGAGCUGGCCAUCCUCAGGAGGAAGCAGCUGGCCAACGCCGUCCACUACAUCUGGGAGACGGGGGAGGACAAGUACAUGCUGCGCUACUUCCACACUGGCUUCUGGCUGUCCUGUGAGAAGCACAACGAAGGUGAGGACCAGGAAGAGAAGUGUCGCAGCUUCAUCGAGCUGACGCCGGGAGAGACUCAAGGCGUCCUGUGGCUGUCCGUCAUCAGCGAGUUCAUGUACAUCGGCCUGCUGGCCAUGGGCUUCCUGCUCAUGUGGGUGGAGGCCAUCUGCCUGUGUGCCAAGAGGGAGAUGAACGCCCUCAAGAUCAACGCCUUCGCCGCCAUGUGCACCGUGCUGUCAGGCAUGAUGGGCAUGGUGGCCCACAUGAUGUACACCACCGUCUUUCAGAUGACCGUCAGCAUCGGCCCCAAAGACUGGAGACCUCAGACGUGGGACUACAGCUGGUCCUUUGCCAUGGCGUGGCUGUCGUUCAGCUGCUGCAUGGCGGCCGCCGUGGCCACGCUCAACUCCUACACCAAGACCAUCAUUGAGAUGAAGCACCGCGCCCGCUUGCGGCUGGAGGAGGCCCGCGCCGCCGCCUGCGCCCCCUCCUACGAGGAGGUGGUGCGAGCCGGUGGCGGCGUCUACUCCGUCAGCCAGCUGAUCCAGCUGGGCCAGCAGGGGGCGCUCAUGGACCCCCUGUGGCCAAGGGGGGUGGGUCCGGCUGUUGGACCGCUGGCUUGCGGGGCGGGAGGGGCGCUCCUCGUCGGUGGUGGAGGGAUUGGAGUCGCAGGAAUGGGAGCCGUUGGAGUGGGGCCAGGGGGACCCUUAGGGGGGCGACCUCUGGGGGACCCUCGCGGCGUGGUUGUGGUGGAAGGAUGUUGCAUCGAUGACUGUGAGGACUGCGAGCGGGAGCUCGACGAAAUGGACUACGCCCUACGGGAGGAGAGAGAGGACUCGCUUUGCUAACGCUUCUCCGGAGUGCUGCCACCUUCUGGCUUGGAGGGGUACUGCGUCUCUUGCAGGCUAGUAGCAAACAUGGUUGCUGCUUUGCUGCAAACAUGCUAGCUAGCUGAUUUGUAGCAACCAAGCUAUCGGCAAACAAGCAAGCCACUUUGUAGCAAAGCGGCUAGCUUCUUUGGAGCAAAAUGUUAUCUAGCUUCUUUGUUGCUAGAAAUGAGCAAGCCGGUUAAUAGCAAAAAAGCUUGCUGCUUUGUCACAAACACUAGCUAGCGGCUUGUGAACAAUCUGGUAGCAAACUAGCUAGCCGCUUCAUAGCGCUUUAUACCACUUUAUAUAAAAUUUGUAGCACACAAGCUCGCUGCUAUGUAGCUAACAUGCUAGCUAGCUGCUUAGGAGCGAACAUACUAGGAGCAAAAAAGCUUAGCUGCUAGCAUAACACCUUGCCGCUUUGUAGCUAAUAUGCUAGCUGGUGCGUUUGAGUGACAUGACCACAUGAGUUGUCAGGUUUUUGGGGUAUGUUUAGGAUUUCUGAUCCACUUCUGUUGUUUGGACGUUUUUUUCUGGCAGUGGAUUGAAUUAUUCUGUGGCGCUCCUGCUGUGUGAUGUCACCCAUUUGUGGACUUUCUUUAAAUGCGGUGUGGUAGAAAGUGACUUUUUAAGCUGCAUUCAAGGGCUGUGGUGUGGUCGCGCUACUGUACAUAGAACUCAUCCAUACGUACAUGCUUGUGUAUGUUUUAUAAAAUAUAUCAGGGAUUAAAGCGCAGGAAGACAAAGAAUAAAACAUAUUUUCUUUCUAAAGAGCAAACACGCAAUAUUCUCUUGUAUAACUUGAGGAUUUGUCCAAGUUGAAGGGUUUUAAUGAAAGAAUGGAAGCUUUGGACCUGAGACAGAUGCUCUCCACAAGCUUAUGGGAAUAAUCUGCACACAGCCCGUGAUUGACAGAUAAACAAGGUCGCCGUGCGCUAUGUUGCCACUAAUUACAAGGGGGAGGUGGAAUUAUACAAGUCUUUACGUAACAAGACAGGAAGGGUUAACGUGUUCCACCAGCAGGUGAAACCAGGAAAUAAGACGAAAUGAAUCCAUCUGGUGGGAGGGAGGGGAGU